GUUCAGACUGAAACUUGGAACACUUGCUUAGCUCCUCUGACAAGUGGGAGGAUAAACAAGCACUAGCCAUGGAGAAGAGUUGUAUAUCUGUGUUCCUGCUGCUUGUUGCUGUCUCUUAUGCUCUGGCUAAGAACGAUGGCAAAAGGGAUACAAAAGAAGUAAAAGAGACCAAACCAAAACUGCCUCAAACUCUCUCCAGAGGGUGGGGUGAUAAUCUUAUCUGGACUCAGACCUAUGAAGAAGCGUUGUUCAGAGCCAAGACCGGCAACAAGCCCCUGAUGAUUAUCCACCAUUUAGAGGACUGCCCACACAGUCAAGCACUGAAGAAAGUAUUUGCUGAACACAAAGAAAUACAGAAAUUGGCUGAAAAGUUUGUUCUUCUGAAUCUUGUUUAUGAAACAACUGACAAACAUCUUUCACCUGAUGGCCAGUAUGUCCCUAGAGUUCUGUUUAUAGAUCCCUCCCUGACAGUUAGAGCAGAUAUUACUGGAAGAUACUCAAACCGUCUCUAUGCAUAUGAGCCUUCAGAUAUUUCAUUGUUGUAUUCAAAUAUGCAGAAAGCUCUGAAACUGCUGAAGACUGAAUUAUAAGGCAGCAGAAAAGCCCAUAUGCAGCCAAGAUGUCUGAUCUUCCCGCUCUGCUCUACUCGCUGGCAUCAGUGAAAACUUUUUAGGUUGAUUUUAGAAAUGCAUAGCACUGGUUUAUAUGCAUAACUAACUGUAUGGUUUUUUGUUAACACUUUUAUACUGGAUGGGAUUUUAAGUACUGGUUGCUUUUUAAAAAAAGCAUACAGAACACUGUAUGCUUCAACUGUAAACCAUGAUUUUUUUAAGAAAUAAAUGCAUUAUGUUGUCUUACUUUAUGUGGCCUUACUCAGUGUAUUCAAAUAGUCAUCCAACAUUAACAAAAGAGAGGCUGCUUUGUUAUAAAAGGCUGCAAAAGAGGUUUUAACUUCCCCACUGUAACAUCCAGAUGCUAAAACAGAUUAUGACUUGAAAGCCAGGGAGGCUUCUUCAUCUCUACAGUUUUAACAGCCAUAUAAGAUUCUUAUUCCUCAGGCUCCUGUUGAGUGUAUUUCCUAGUUUAAACAUUAAUUUUCUUUAAAAGUUGGUGGUUGUUGUCAAGUGUAUUGCAAGGAUAGGGAAGAACAGCAGCAGCUCGCAACAUUGAUUUGACCACCUCUCACAAAUUCUAAGGAAGUUAUUGUAAAAUGUCUAAGAUAGUAAGAGAAACAGUUGCUUGAUAGUAUUUGCAAUAGCUUCAUAGUAAAUUUAAUGAAUACUAACCCAGAAGUUAUUUCCAG